AUGGCUCCUCCCAAGAAAGGUCCCUUUAGUGGGCGUCACAUUAUUCCUCAACAAGUCAAUUUUGAAAACCAUUUUGAUAAGUUUUUCGUCAUCAAACGUAUUUCCGAAAAUAAUGAAACGUUUGAAACCGUUUCGCCAUUUUUAGUGCAAAAGGCUAUCGCUGCAACUGUUGGUGACAUUACAUCUAUUCGCAAGAUGCGUUCUGGUGACUUGCUUGUCGAGGUAAAUUCCCGAAAGCAAGCCCAGCAAAUUCAAAAAUUGAAAGCGUUAUCUACAAUACCUGUCAGUGUCAGCCCUCACCACUCGCUAAAUAUAUCUAAGGGUGUCAUAACUUGUGGUGAAAUACUGAAUCUUCCUGUAGACCUAAUUACAAAGGAAUUGAAGUCUCAAGGUGUCACAGAUGUCCGCCGCAUUACCAUCCGGAGAGACGGCAAUAUAAUUGAGACAAAACACCAUAUCUUAACUUUUAAGUCGCCAAAAUUACCUGAAUUUAUAUAUGUGGGAUAUAUAAGGCGACCUGUCAGACCAUACAUACCUAAUCCCCUGAGGUGUUUUAAUUGCCAGCGUUUUGGCCACUCGAAGGCGAACUGCCGCGGGACCCUCACUUGCGCCCUCUGUGCAGGAAAAGAACAUGAUAGCCAGCAGUGUACCGCACAAGAAAAGUGCGUGAACUGCGGGGGAAAUCAUACAUCCUUCUCUCGAUCGUGUGAACGUUGGAUUUUAGAAAAGAAAAUAACAACAAUUAAAAUCAAGGAAAACAUCUCAUAUCCUGAGGCUAGGCGGAAAAACGCAAUACAAACGCCUACGCCUGGUGUAAGUUAUGCGUCUGCUGUCCAAAAAUCUUUUUGUGCAAAUUGUACAUGUCCCAGUUGUACGAAAUCUGUCAAAGCAGGAAAGAAAACCUCUGAAUCGGAUACAGAACAAUCCAUAAACAGUGCUUCUGACACUGACAAACAAGUAAAACCUCAAACCAAAUCUAGACCUCAAAAGUCAAUGAAAUUAAAACUUGCAAAGCUUGGCCAAACGCAGAAAGAUCUAUCUGCGAAACUGAAGAAAUCUAUUAGAAAAAAUUCUGUCGCUUUGGGACUAGCGGCACAAGGUUUAGCACAUAAGGACUUGACGUCCGUAUUCGGUGGUAAACGUAAUAGUCCCGACCUUAAACUGCACCCAUCGGAAGAUGAGGAUGAUUUUGAUAUGAGUUGCGACGUUUCUGCAACUCCUACUGUUGCUCCUUAUAAUUCUGUGACACAUCUCUCUUAA